GAUUCAAAACAUUAGGCUUGUAGUAGCUCUUCCUGACCAACUCGAAACUGUUCAAAUAUGAUAUUUAGGAGAUUAUAAGGUUACACUGGUAUGUUCAUCAGCUUAUGUGGGGAGGCUUUGUUUUCACAUACAACUUUCUCUCAGUUCACAUACCAUUUUUCAUUCGGAGGUUGAUUUCUAAACAAAACUACAUGGUUCCGAAAUCAACUUCCAAAUGAAAACCAAUAGUUCCAAAAUCAACCAGAGAUAUAGCUGAAUCAUAAAGUUUUGUUCGGAAGGUGAUUUCUGAACUGAGAUAAUGUGUGUGUGAAAUAGAAGCUCCCGUUUAUGUCCGAUCUGUAUUAUCUUUUUCACUCUGUCAUUCAUAAUAUUGCUAUGAGGCUGCAUUUUGCAGAAGCUGACAUGGUUUUGAUUUUACAUUGUUAUCAGCACCUUUGGCGGAAAUCCUUUGGCUAGUGCAGUUGCUGCUGCUUCACUAGAGGUUAUCAGAGAUGAGCGACUCGCUGAGAGAUCGGCAAAAAUGGGAGAGGAGUUUAGGCAUCAGCUAAACAAGGUUCAACAGCAAUUCCCUAAUGUUAUAAAGGAAGUGCGGGGAAAAGGCCUGUUUAAUGCUGUGGAGCUUAACACCAAGAAUUUGUUCCCCGUCUCUGCUUAUGAUAUAUGUAUAAAGUUGAAGGAAAGAGGAAUUCUCGCAAAGCCUACUCACGAUACCAUUGUUCGACUCACUCCUCCCCUUUGCAUGAGUUUGGAGGAGCUCCAAGAGGGCUCAAAGGCACUGCACGACGUUUUGCAAAUCGAUCUGCCAGAGAUGCAGAAGUCAAAGCCGAAAACAGUUCCCUCAACAACCUCAGAUGUAUGUGACCGGUGCAGCCGAAACUCCUAUGAUUCAUCAUAGGAACUCUGAAUUACAGCCAUAUCGUUACGUCUUAUACUUUUAUAUAUUGCACCUGGUACUCAAGAGCUGUGGUUUUUUUUUUUUUUUUUUUAAAUUUUAUUUUAAUAUUAGCCAGAAUAAAAUAAUGCUGAGACUUCUUCACUAAGUUUGGAUGUUGUUUCUUAUGAUUAUUUUUCGUUUCAUGUUUAUAAAAAAAUUUAAAUUGUGAA